AUGUUAACGAACAUUGAUCGGCAGGCGAUGUCGUCGCUACGAUAUAUUAGAAACUGUUUCGAACGAUCAGGCCAGUCGUUCCAUCAAGAACAUCAAAAAUAUUGUCUUAAACGUUCAAUCGACAGCGAUGAUGAGGAUUUGAAUGAAAGGCCUAAUACCAGGUCGCAACUAUCCAGGGAGAUUGCUAUUCGAAAUGUUGAUCGUGAGAUAAAAACCGAGGAUAAUCAUGGUGAAAGCGUUGAUCAAGCUUCAGGUGGGGAGAAACCCAACGUCGAACCAAAAGAAGAAGAAGAAGUGGAGGAUGAUGUGAUUCCCAUAAUUCGUGUACCGGCCAAUCAACUGAUGCGUGCAUAUAUGAAAAUACCAAAUAAUCGUAUCAAAAUCGAAGAUCAUAACAAAGAAAACAUUUCGAAUGGAGUGAAACGUGAACGAUCAAAUUCGCUGAAUAUUUUUGAUAAAAGUGAUGACAUCAACGAAACCAAUAUAUGUGAACCACAUAAAAAGAAAUCACGAGUAUCGAGAAAAGGAGUUGUAUUGAAGGAUAUAAGUCGAAAAAUCAGUGGUAAAAGUAACGCAAACACGACGAAUGAAAGAAAUAUUUCCAAUGCUAUUUUUGAAGUGAAUAUAGCUGGAAAUGUGAGAAGUGGCCAGACGACACUUGAUAAAUGGAUUUCUCAUAAGAACAAAAGCAAUGGAAACAAAGACCAAAAGAAUAGAGGAAUCAACGGUCAAACGAAGGAAAAGAAAACGAACAUUCAACGAUCGCAAAGUCUAGAAGUCAAGCAGAAAAUAUCCAGUGAUGUGAGAACUCACAAUGGAGAAAAACCACAUCAAUGUGAUCGAUGUAAGAAGCGAUUUAGUCGUAAAUAUCAUCUCAAUACGCAUAUUCGAAGACACACUGGAGAAAAACCAUAUCAAUGUGAUCAGGAUAAAAAUAAGAAAAAGUUUGUUACUAUUGCAAAGGCUGCACUAGAAGGACACAUGAGAAUACAUACUGGAGCGAAACCAUUUAAAUGUGGUCGAUGUAAGAAGCGAUUUAAUACAAAAACUUCUCUCACUAGACAUAUUCGGUGUCACACUGGAGAAAAGCCAUAUCAAUGUGAUCAGUGCGAGAAGCGAUUUAACCGCCGGCAUCAUCUCCAAUAUCAUAUGAGGACUCAUAAGGAUAAAAAACCAUAUCGAUGUGAUCAAUGUAAGAAGCGAUUUAAUCAAAAGAGUAGUCUUAAUUUGCAUAUUCGAAGGCACACUGGAGAAAAACCAUUUCAAUGUGGUCGGUGUAAGAGGCGAUUUACCCAAAAGCCCCAUCUCAAUUCGCAUAUGAAGACUCAUAAUUUACCUUAA